AUGUCCGAAUCGUACGAUAAGCAGGCGUGUGACCAAGUUGCGAGAUGUAUAAGAUACGACUGGGAAAGCUUGUGCCCGUGGAAUGUGGCCAUUUGCAGAAUCGCCGGAUUUUACAGUCACAAGGACUGCCUGGUUUACGCGAGGGAAAACGGGUGCCCGUGGGAUGAACAGACGUGUCGCAGAGCUGCACAGAAUGGUCACAUCAACUGCGUGAUCUACGCACAAGAAAACGGUUGCCCCUUUGGCGAAAUAUAG